AUGAAAGAGUUAUAAAAAAUUCCUAAAUAAAUAAUGAUUUCUAAGGAAGAUAUUUUGAAGUAAGGUACUCAUCUAAAACUAUAAUCAGGAGUUCUAUUUGAAAAUCAAGGAAAAAUAGAAGAAGCAUUAAAAAAAUACGAAGAGGCCAUCACAUAGUAUCCAGAUUAUGCUGAUUCGUAUAUAAAAAGAGGUAACUAAUAAUAUAGUAACAUAAUUAGCAAAUAUAUUCAAACAACAAGGAGAAAUAGACCUAGCAUUAAUUGACUACAACGAGGCAAUUAGAAAGAAUCAAUAAUUUGCUGAGGCUUAUAUGCACCGAGGUAUCUCAUUUAGUAAUAUUAUUAGGAAUUCUAUUUAAACAAAAAGGAGAAAUAGAACUAGCAUUAAAUGACUACAACGAGGCCAUUAGAUUUAAUCCAGAAUAUGCUGAUGCUUAUAUUAAUCGAGGUAUCUCAUUUAGUGAGAUUAUUAGGAAUUCUAUUUAAACAAAAAGGAGAAAUAGGCCAAGCACUCAAAGACUACAAUGAGGCCAUUAGAGUGAAUCCAAAAUAUGCUGAUGCUUAUAUAAACCGAGGUAUUUCAUAUAGUAAUAUAAUUAGGAGUUCUAUAUAAAUAAAAUAACGAAAUAGAAAACGCACUCCAAGACUACAACGAGGCCAUUAAAUUGAAUCCAGAAAAUUCUAUUGCGUUAAUGAAUCGAGGUAUUACAUUAAGUAAUAUAAUUAGGAGUUCUAUAUAAAAAAAUUGGAGAAAAUGAAAAAGCACUCCAAGAUUACAAUAAGGCCCUCGAAUUUAAUCCAAAUUAUGCUACUGCAUAUAUGAACCGAGGUAUAUCAUCUAGUAAUAUAUGAGGAAUUCUACAUAAACAAAAAGGGGAAAUAGGCCAAGCACUCAAAGACUACAAUGAUGCCAUCAGAUUGAAUCCAAAUUAUGCUUCAGCGUAUGUAAACCGAGGUAAAUCUUAUAGUAAUAUAAUUAGGAGCUCUAUAUCAAUAAAAAGGAGAAAUAUAAAACGCACUCCAAGACUACAACGAGGCCAUUAAAUUGAAUCCGAAUUACGAAACUGCAUAUAUAAAAAUUGGUACAUAAUCAAGUAAUAUAAUCAGAAGAUGUAUUUAAACACCUAGAAGAAGAAGCAGCCAAAAAGAUAAAUACUCUAAUUUAUGCUACUGCAUAUAUGAAUCGAGGUAUCACAUAUAGUAAUAUCAUUAGGAGUUCUAUAUAAAAAAAACAAAUAAAAUAUCAAAGCAUUAGACGAUUUUAACAUGGCCAUCAAAUUGAAUAACAAUUAUGCUGAUGCGUAUAUGAAUCGAGGUAUCUCAUAUUGUAAUAAAAUUAGGAAAUCAUUUUUUUUAAAACUCCAAAAUGAUAUAGGCACUAAAGGACUAUGAAUAUGCUCUCAAAUUGGAACCAGAUUAACCACUUUAUCUUACUAAUUUAGCAAGCUACUAUUUAAAAUAAUUGUAACAUGAUAUAGCACAAACUUAUAUCAUAAAAGCAGAAGAAACUUUAGAUAAGUUUAAAACUCAAUAAUAAUAAUAAUAGAAAUGGAAUUUAUCUAAUUCAAAUCUUAAAUAUAUUAAAAAAGAACUUUACCUCCUUAAACAAAUUCAAAUUCAGAAUGAAACAGCAAAAAAUUAAUUUAAAUAUUUAUCUGAUUAAUUAAAACAAAAGUUACCUGAGUCUAUUUAAAUAUUGUAUAAAAAAGUACAAGAAAAUUUAAAUAAAAUAUAUUAGCCAAUAAAUAUCUAAUUAGAUUAAAAUUUUCUAUAAGAUUAAAUUAUCAAUUUAAUAAAAGAAGUGAAUGCUCUUAUUUAAGAAAUGAAUAAAAUUAAAGAAGAAAAUAAAGAGACCAAAUAGACAAUCUAAAAUCUUUAGAAUUUAGAAGUUAAUUAAAUUUCUUAAUAAUUAAAAGAAUUAAAUGAAAAUUAAAACAUGUAUUAUAAUUCUUUGUAUUGGAAUUUAAAAUAUUAUUUAGAUUCAAUGAAUUUGAUUUCCACUGAUCUCUUUUAAAAUAAUCAUGAUGCAAUAAUCGAAAGUAAUUCCGAAAAAGCUGUAUCAAAUGCUCAUCAAGUAUUUAAUAAAUUAACAUCGUUCGCCGACUCGAUACCUAUUAUUGGGAAUGUUUUCAAGAUCUUUAAUUCGGGUCUUGAUUUUGUUUUUCAACAUUAUAAAGAGGAUAAAUUUAAAACAAGAUUAGAAAAACUUAAUAGUAUUAUAUAAGCUGGUUCUAUCGGUGCUGAAAAAAUAGAAAAUGAGAUAUAAUUUGCAAGCAUUGAAUUAAGUAAAAAUAUAGAAGCAAAUUUGUCUGAUAAAUAAUAAUAAACAUAAUUUAGAAAAAUUUUAUAGUAAUCGUUGAAAGAAGAAAAAUAAGACUUUAGAAAUAAUGAGUACUGGAUAGCAGGUCUUACGGAUGCAUUUAUCAUUUUAAAAAAUUUGGAAAAAAAUAGAGAUAAUAUAAUAUAAAAUUUAAGAUAAGUAAAGUUAAGGUAGAUAAUUAUUCAAUAAGCAAAAGAAUAAAUAGGGGGAUAAAAUGAAAAGAAUUAAAGAGCAAAUGAUUAGAAAUGUCCAUGUCCUUAUUGUAUUGUUUAAUGA